AUGAAAGAAAUAAUAAUAUUAUUAUUUUUAUCAUUUAUUGUUGUUUGGACAACUGAUCAGGUAAAAUUCGAAUUUGAUAAUGAAAUCUAUCAAGAUGGUUUUAGGGUAUCGAUCAAACUUCCAGAUGGAUAUGCUUUUGACAAGGAUAAAUUCAAGGUUACUGCUGAAGAUGGAACUAAUGUUAAACCAUGUACUUUUGUUGAAAGAGUUGGUACUAAUGUAGUGGUUUACAAAAUUCCAAAUCUGAGAGUAGUAUUUGACAUUGAUGAUGAUGAUGAUGAUGGUAGUGAUGGUAGUGAUGGUAUGGUUGGUAGUGAUGGUAGUGAUGAUCGUCCUAAGUCUACCCGUCCACUCAAACGAGUUCCUUCUAUCAUUUAUGAUGAUACUGUGAUUCUAGAAGGAACAAAAACCUUCAAGUUUAAAGGUUAUGCUCUCCAUUUUCCAAACUAUGCUCCAAAGAUAACUCUAGUCCCUAUUCCCCAAGGUGUACCAGUUGUCAAGUAUGAAUGUUUAAUCACGGCAGUCAUUUCAAAAGAUGAAAUCGAAUGUACCACCACUCAAGUAGUUCCAUUCGGUGAUUAUUUUUUUAAUUUUGAAUAUGCUGAUUCGAAUCACAUCCCAAAAUUUCUAUUCAAAAUCACAGCACUUCCAAAGAUCAUCCCAACAACGGAACUCUCUUUAAACUCACAUCUAUCAUAUGAUGCCAUUAUUAUCAAGACUGAUUCACUCAUUUCAAGUCUUAAACCCGAUCAGGUUGAAGUGAACUUUAUUAAUGAAGAUCAAUCUAAAACUGUAAAGUGUACUGUUAAAGAACUUUCGAAAGAUGAUAAUCAAAUCAUAUGUUCUUUGGAUGUCCCAACCAACUUCCCUUCAGGUAUUGUCAAUGCUUACGUCAAUGUACUUGGUAAAACAAUUACUGGUUCACAAAAGUAUAACUUUUUUGUUCCGAGUUUCCCAAGUAUGGGAGUUGAUAUUUCGGGUCCUAUGACAGGAGAUGUAAAGUUUGUGAUUGAUGGUGAGCAUCUUGACCCAUCUGGAUCUGUUUUCAUUGGUACAAGUCAUAUAAAACUGAAAUGUCAAUAUAAAGCAGCUGUACCACCAUCGACAUUGGACCAAUACGAAUGUCUUUCACUCUCGUAUUUCCCAGAUGCUACAAAUCCACCUGUUUGGGAGUAUAAAAUCAAUACAAAGAUGUAUGGAAGAGACUACCCGACUGGAUAUACCUAUAUAUUUAAUUAUCCUGAAUUUGAUUUGACACCAACUCAAUCGAUUAAGAUUAUCAAUACCGGACAUUCAAUAAGUACACUCAAAGGUAAAAACUUGGAAAUCAUAAACAAGAUUACAUUGAAUGAUAUCGCUUUGAAUACCAAUGACUUCCAGAUUGUAGACAAUACUCUUUCAAUUGAAAUUGUUAGUACUGCAUUGGUUGGUGAUCAAACAAUCAAGUUCUUUGUUGAGAAGAGUCUAACCUCGAAUGAUGGAACUGUCGUUGAACAUUCAUAUCAAGUUAAACCCGAUAUUGAAAUGAAAUUACUUGCACCGACAAUCAAGGCCAAAGAUGAUAAUACACUUUCAUUGUACUUCUUGGAUGACGCAGCCAGUAAAUCAAUUAUCUUUGAUCUCACAGAUUUCCCAGAGAAACAAGAUUAUUUGAUUAAAAUUGGAACCUACAACUUGAAUUGUGCUCCAGAAACAACUUCUGCACCAACUCCAAUCAAAUGUAGUGGUAUCCAAGAUUUAUCAUUGGCCAAUCUACCAACUGAAUUCCCGAUUUCAAUUGUAUUUGAUCCAAACAAUGCCAAACCAGGUUUUAUCAAGACAAUUGAUUCCACUCUCAAAUUCAAAUACACUGGACUUGUAUUUGAUGUUCAAAGUCUCUUGGCUAAUGUUAUCCAAAGUACUUAUGGAGGAUACUUUAGAAUGCUAAAUGGAGUAGAACUUAAUCGUAUUGAAUCUCUUUCAAUUGGUGAUGCCCCAAUACCUUUUGACCAUGUUCUAACUAUCAGAAGAGGAAAUGCCAACGAUUUAUAUGUAACUGGAAGAGUAUUAAACUAUGACACUGCAACCCAGAGAAUGAGAAUGCUCAUCGAUAAACAAACUGUUAAUUAUUCACAAGAUCUAUUCACGGUGUCGUUCGUUGGUGUUUAUAGUAGCCAUACUGCAAAUGCAGUUACAAUGUUUGAGGUAGAUCCUCUUACUCAUGAAGAGCUUAUAACCAACUAUGUUGUAGAUGGUAUAUAUGUUGGUCAUGUCGAUUCGAUUUGCACUAUUGUGGUCGAAGGACAAUUCAACUACGAUACAUUUACUCUCACAGUUGGAACUGAUGAGUAUGAAAUCGACAAAGCCAAGAGAGUAAAACCAGUCUACUCAAUCACAUCAAGUACUCUUGGAUUAGAUCCAACAACAAACACAUUCCCACCCAAUCCACCAAGAGAAUUCAUUGAAAUCGAAGUGAUUGGUGUCACUUUUACCAACAAUGAAAUUACUUUCCCUUCAGAACAUUCAUUCACAGUGAGUGCAGAUCUUGAGAAUAUCAAAGAAAGUGGAUGUCUUCUCAUCAAUCCAACAGCUCCACUCAAACAAUCGAUGAUAUGUUCACUCCCAGAACCAAAGACCACUGAUUUAGACACAAGAGCACUUCGAUACACCGUUGGAGGCAGAACAAUCACCAAUCAAAUUCUUCAAUUUAGAGUUCCGAGAAUCAUCAAUGCAACACCAUUAUUUGGUUCAAAAUAUAAUGAUGAUCGAUUGACGAUUUCCUAUACCAAAGGUGACUCAACAGCUGUUCAAAUCAGACUUGUUAAACUUUCUGGUGUAACGAUUACUCUCACUUGUGAUCCCGAGACUGCACUUGGUAAUAAUCAGUUCCAAAAAUCAUGUGCCAAACCAGCAGGUCAAGCAAGUGGAAAAUAUUUGAUUCAAGUAUUCGAUCCAACUCUAUCCGCUUAUUCAUUGGAGAGAAUUUAUUUCAAUAACUAUGGUAUUUCAUGCUUAGGACCAAGCAGAUGGACCAAUUAA